AUGGACUACGUUACCCGAGGGGUCUGUGGUCAAGAGGGAUGCCGUGAGAUCCGGUACUAUCUCGACAAUGGUCUCUGGUAUUGUCGACGCGGUCACUUGCAGGAGGGUGUCCAAGUUGCCGAGGAUGCCGAUGAUUUCGGAAACCUAGGCAAAACCCAUCGCCUGAAGAAAGAAAUCAAAGAAAAGAUCAGCAAGACACUCCGUGGCCGUCAGGCAUACACGCUUUUCUUGCAGACUUACCAACUUAUCCUGUGGAAACAAUGUCAUGCCUUGGUUCAUGAACUAGGUUUCCCAGAAGAGCUUGAGAUUGUUGUCCGCGACCUUUGGGCUCUUCGACUACAAGACUUUACAGCAAAGAUCACUGACACUGAAGAUGACGACUAUGAUACUGAACCUGAGCUUUUCAGUUCACAGCCCACAGAUAAAGAUGACUCCCGUGAUAUGGGAUUUAAACCAGACUCGAGGUAUAUUGAAUGGCCGCGCCUGAUUGACACCAUUGCUCUGUGUUAUCUCGCAGCAUCCUUGAUGCGUCUUCCGGUUUGUGUCAAUGAUUUCCACGACAUGAUCAUACGACAAGAUGUACCCUACGUUCGAGCUCUGGCAACUGUCCCUCGGGAAAUGAGGGAUAGACUCCCGCCAGAAUUCACGGGGAUCCUUGAAGUCAACACACUGCCUAAAGCGAAGCACAUCCACCAAAGUGUGCGGGCAAUCAUGCUAUUCUAUCAGCGCCGAUUCGGAUUGGUACUUCCUGCUUUGAAUUUGCCCAUGGUACUUUUCCGGCAAAUAAAGAGAUUGGCUUUACCAAUUGAGGUUUACGAUGCAGCCAAGACUUUGCAGGAGCUAGUAGGCUUCACUUUCCGGUAUCCCGAAGAGUCACAGUAUAAUCGGAAGUUAAUCCAAGAUCUCCCCGACGUGCAAUUGAUGGUCCUCAUAGUCAUUGCUACGAAAUUACUCUUUCCGUUCGAUGACUUGAAAAGAUACCCCACUACCGGCAGUGAACCUGCUGCGCAGGUCAUGGACUGGUCUCUUUGGGAACGCGCUCAAAGUCGGUUCGACCAUGACCCGCGAUUCGGGGACAAUCUUGCAAAAGGGGCCGCCAUCCAUGUCACAGACAAAGAUGUGCUGAACAUGACGUCCGCCCAAAUGGACAAUUACAUGGACUGGUAUGCAAGCAGUUGGUUAGACACCUCCAGGGCCCCCACUCGCAUCGCCGAAUUAUUUCCCAUCAGCCGAACUGGAUCCGAUGCUCAGCCAAUCCCUACGGCUACUCCGGGGUCGUCUUCUGCUCCUGCUGCUCCCGAUACGACAGAAGAAAAGCUCAACGCACUCAUGAAAACGGUCAUGCAAAAUCUCAAAGUCAGAAGGGUCAUCCCGGAAGACGAAGAAGCCGAGGACAAGCGUCCUGGCGAGUUCUAUCGUCGGUAUCGCUGGGAAUCGCAGCUCACGGGCCCCGCACGGGCGUUCUACGAGGAAGCCGCCCGCCUCGCGGCGGUCCCAUUGAAAAGUCUGGUCCAUGCCGUGUCACUUGUCGAGUUCAAGAUCGCAAAGCAAGACGAGGAGCGACAGAACAGGGAAUUCUUCGCCAGGCAGGGCAGAGAAGGGUUGGACAGCGACGAAAGUGAUGUUGACGAUACCUAUGGAAUGGACGACUCUGAAGAGGACAUGGAUGAGCCGGUAUUUGAGGAUAUGGACGCCGAUGAUAAGAUGUGUUUCGUCAAGACCCUGACGGGUAAGACCAUCACCCUUGAUGUCGAGUCGAGCGACACCAUCGACAACGUCAAGACCAAGAUCCAGGACAAGGAGGGCAUUCCCCCUGACCAACAGCGCCUGAUCUUCGCCGGAAAGCAGCUCGAGGAUGGCCGCACCCUGAGCGACUACAACAUCCAGAAGGAGUCCACCCUUCACCUUGUCCUCCGUCUCCGUGGUGGUAUCAUUGAGCCUUCCCUCAAGGCCCUUGCCUCCAAGUUCAACUGCGAGAAGGCCAUCUGCCGCAAGUGCUACGCUCGUCUCCCUCCCCGUGCCACCAACUGCCGCAAGAAGAAGUGCGGACACACCAACCAGCUCCGCCCCAAGAAGAAGCUCAAAUAG